GUUUUAUUAUUAUAGUAGGGUAAACAUGUUUGAAUUCACCAAGUUUGGUGAAAUUUUGUAAUGAAAAAUCCAAGACUAGAGCUUUUUUGGCAUCAUAUCCUGACAAAAACAAUGUAAUGAAAUUAAAUGAUCAAUAGUUUCUGCAGAAAAUUGGGAGAAAACAGUGAAGAUCUUCAAAUGGGAGGGCAGCAAAGCACAGAGCAGAGUUACUACUACAGCUAUAGCAGUGCCAGUGAGUGUCAACCAACUGUCACCUCUUCAUCUUACCAUGCCAGAAAUGAAUUUCAGCAGAAGUACCAAACAAUUGGUGACAAUUUUACUUCUCUUGAUCAGGUGGUAGAGACUCUACGCGAAGCUGGUCUGGAAUCAUCCAAUCUGAUAGUGGGGAUAGACUUCACAAAGAGCAAUCAGUGGACCGGAGCAAAAUGUUUCAACCGGAGGAGCCUGCAUCACCUUGGCAACGACUUGAACCCUUAUGAACACGCAAUAUCAAUCAUAGGAAGGACACUCACAGUUUUUGAUGAGGAUAACCUUAUUCCAUGUUUUGGAUUUGGAGAUGUAACUACACAUGAUCAGGAUGUGUUCAGCUUUUAUCCAGACAACAGGCCCUGCAAUGGCUUUGAGGAGGCUUUGACUCGUUACAGAGAAAUAGUUCCACACAUCCAUUUAUCAGGACCGACAUCCUUUGCCCCAAUAAUUGAAACUGCUAUUGGAAUUGUUGAUGACAGUGGUGGUCAGUAUCAUGUUUUGCUGAUAAUUGCAGAUGGGCAGGUACCGCAAAAUGAAGGCAUGGAUUCAUAUCAUCCAAGUCCUCAAGAACGGAACACAAUUGAUGCCAUUGUCAAAGCAAGUGGCUAUCCUCUGUCAAUAGUUUUGGUUGGAGUUGGUGAUGGACCAUGGGAUAUGAUGAGGAAGUUUGAUGACAGCAUUCCUGCUCGGAGUUUUGAUAACUUUCAGUUUGUGAACUUCACAGAGAUUAUGUCGAAGAAUGUUCCACAAACCCAGAAAGAAGCCGAGUUUGCUCUCGCUGCGCUUAUGGAGAUACCUCAGCAGUACCAGGCAACAUUAAGCCUUGGACUCUUGGGAAACCAAAGAGGGAAUCUGGGAAAGAAGCCUUUGCCACCCAAACUUGGGAGACCUAUGAGCUACCCAGAUUACUUCUUCAAGUCAAGAAGCCUGGAAAACAAUGGUGAUAAACAAUUACCCGGUUCUGCAGGAACAAGGUCAAAUGCUAUACAGUGCUGCUGUCCAGUUUGCUCGUGCCGGAAAAAAGACCUCGCAUUGGGUUGUGGACAUCAGACAUGCUAUGAUUGCGGGAGAGACCUCACCUGCUGCCCAACUUGCGGAAUGCAUAUUACCACCAGGAUAAGACUUCUCUGACCACCAAAAUCUUGAAUCCAAAUCAAACUUCCAUUAUGUCAAACAAAUUCUGCAAAUUUAAAUCAGAUUCUACAAGAAAACUUCAGAUA